AUGAUCGUAAGGCCCUUAAUUCAUUCAAAAAAUACUUUUUUGAAACUCAAAGCAAUUAAUAAUGUUGAAUAUCCAGAUUUCGAUAACGAAAUCGAUAUCAACAGGCCUGGAAUAGCAGUGAAGAAUGUAGUAAAGUCAUUAUCUUUCCACGCAUCGGAAGAUUCUCAAGAAAUUUUAGAAUUUAAUAUAUUAUCGAAAUAUAUAGCAGAUCAACAUUCAAUAAUCACAUCCACAGCCGGAUCUAAUGAAAUUAUUAUGAAAGAAAGUAAAAUAAAAAAGCAUAUUGUUAGUGAUUCAAAUCCAAGCGAAGUUCAUAAACAACCAAUGGAUCCUCAGGUCACAAAUCGUAUCGAACUUAUUAAUACUGAAAAAAUAUUAACUAAUAUAAAUAAUUAUUUAUCAGAUGAAGAAUCAACAAAUAAAGAGCAGAAAAAUAUAUUUGAAUGCAUAGUAGAUUUCUCGAAUCCAAAACAAGUUUCAUUUUUCAAUAUCGAUAGGAAAUCACAAUCGGAUACAAAGAUUCCUGUUAAAGAAAUUGUUAUUGCAGGCGUAGUAGCUUAUAUUUGUAUCCCUUGA